UCUGGCGCAGCGGAGCCACAGGAUGGAGGCGGCAUGUUUGCGGAGAAGAAGAGGUGGUCCAUAUAAAACAGAACCUGCUACGAACUUGACCUGCUGGCGUUUGAGCAACGAAGAAGGCCGUCAGCGGUGGCAAUAUCUGGCAGAUGACAGGGAGCCUUCUGGUUUGGAGGCUCACUCUCUAGGGUUGGACACAAGUAAAAUCUUCCCAGUUUUGCCUAAGGCCUGCACAGCACAGGAGGCAGCAAUAAAUGGGGUGUCGUUUUACUCUGGCCUACAAGCGGAGGAUGGCCAUUGGGCUGGGGACUACGGAGGACCUCUCUUUUUGUUGCCAGGUCUCCUGAUCACGUGCCAUAUUGCCAAGAUCCGAUUACCAGAAGAGAGCAAGAAGGAGAUGGUGCGCUACUUGCGAUCAGUACAGCUCCCAGAUGGAGGAUGGGGCCUGCAUGUUGAAGACACGUCCAAAGUAUUUUCUACUGCUCUCAACUACACAGCCAUGCGAAUCCUUGGGGUCAGUCCUGAUGACCCAGAUCUGUUGCGGGCUCGGAACAACCUCCAUAGCAAAGGUGGUGCUGUAGGAAUCCCUUCCUGGGGUAAAUUUUGGUUGGCUGUCUUGAAUGUCUACAGCUGGGAUGGAAUGAACACACUAUUUCCUGAGAUGUGGUUGCUUCCUUCAUGGAUGCCAGCCCAUCCUUCUACUCUUUGGUGUCACUGCCGUCAGGUUUAUCUGCCCAUGGCCUACUGCUAUGGCGCACGUCUCACCGCGGAAGAAGAUGAACUUGUCCUGAGCCUCCGACAGGAACUCUACAUACAAGACUAUUCCAGUAUUGACUGGCCUGCACAGAGAAAUAACGUGGCUUCAGAGGAUGUUUACACACCACACAGCUGGCUGCUUACAAUUGUCUAUGGAAUCAUCAACACCUACGAGAGAUUCCACAGCAAGAUUCUGAGACACCGAGCCAUGGAGGAGCUCUAUGACCACAUCAAGGCUGAUGACCGAUUCACCAAGUCCAUCAGCAUUGGCCCUAUCUCUAAAACGAUUAACAUGCUGGUGUGCUGGUAUGUGGAGGGAGACAAGUCUCCUGCUUUCCAAGAACAUGUCUCCAGAAUCCCUGACUACCUCUGGCUGGGACUGGAUGGCCUGAAGAUGCAGGGCACAAAUGGAUCCCAGCUUUGGGAUACAGCAUUUGCUGUCCAAGCUUUCCUGGAGGCUGGUGCCCAGAAAAACUCUGAAUUUACCUCCAGUCUGAUAAACGCUCACGAGUUCUUCAGAAUCACGCAGAUUCCUGAUAAUCCUCCUGAUUAUGAGAAGUACUACCGUCAGAUGAACAAGGGUGGAUUUCCCUUCAGUACUCGUGACUGUGGCUGGACAGUAGCUGACUGCACUGCGGAAGGGCUGAAGUCAGUGAUGCUACUGCAGGAGAAGUGCCCGUUCAUAAAGGACCACAUCCCACCUGGCCGCCUCUUCGAUGCUGUGAAUGUGUUGCUCAACAUGAAGAAUGCUGACGGUGGCUUUUCUACCUAUGAAACUAGGCGUGGGGGCUGGCUGCUGGAGCUGCUGAAUCCUUCGGAGGUGUUUGGUGAUAUCAUGAUAGAUUACACUUAUGUCGAGUGCACCUCAGCAGUGAUGCAGGCACUGAAGCAUUUCCACGAGCGUUUCCCUGAACAUAGGGCCCUGGAAGUCAGAGAUACCCUCCGGAAGGGCUUGCAGUACUGUCGGGGCGUGCAGAGAGCUGACGGCUCCUGGGAAGGGUGUUGGGGCGUGUGCUUUACUUAUGGCACAUGGUUUGCAUUGGAAGCAUUUGCAUGUAUGCAGCACACCUACCACAAUGGAGUGGCCUGUGGGGAGGUGUCCCGUGCUUGUGAGUUCUUGGUCUCCAAACAGAUGGAGGAUGGUGGUUGGGGAGAGGACUUUGAGUCUUGUGAACAGCGCAGAUACGUCCAGAGUACCACGUCGCAGAUCCACAACACCUGCUGGGCUCUUCUGGGGCUCAUGGCUGUCAGGUAUCCAGAUAUCAGAGUCCUGGAGAGUGGGAUCAAGGUUUUGAUUGACAAACAACUGCCUAAUGGGGACUGGCCUCAGGAGAACAUUUCCGGAGUAUUCAACAAGACCUGUGCCAUCAGCUAUACCUCCUACCGAAAUGUCUUCCCCAUCUGGACCCUGGGACGCUUUUCUCGUCUAUAUCCUGCCAGCCCUGUGGCUGGCAAUUCCUUGACCUGAGGCAUGAAAUAGUGGAGAGAAGGGACUGGCUGGAGGAAUGGCAGAUGGGCAUAGAUUGCCAUUCACCUCUUCCUAGGUGUGGAGCUGGUAGCCAAAGUGAACUGCCAGUCUCCCUGACGUUCUUUAUAUGUUUCUAAACUGCUGGGCUAUUCAAGGAUGACUGGAAGACUCUGUCUUAGGAAACCAGUAAGGAGGGAGGAUUGGUGGAAGGCGGUAAAAGCGUCUCCAGAUGGCUUGACGUCCUCUUGGUUCUUGCUGUGUUCAUACAUACUAAACAAGGAGUUCUCGCAGGUACAGUGUUUGUUUCCACACGUACAACCUGUGAGCUGGCUAACUUCCCUUAGCUGUAUGUAACAUGUAACUGAUGCUUACUUACUAGAGUCCUUUAACAUGACCCUAUUUUUUGCCGGUUCUGAA